UCUAGUUGAUUAUAAAAAACCAAAAACAAAAAACAAAAAAAACAAAUUCUCUUAUUACGCUACACAGUAAGAAAACCCCACCAAAUUUUAUCCACCGUAUGAUUUUAAAACCCGCAGAAGAACCUGUAGAUUUCUCUGAAACUCAGACAAUUUCUGACAAAUCACCGCCCUCCGUUUCGUUGACCAAACGAGCCCCUCGUGAACUGACCCUCCACACCAUCACCUUUUAACCGUCCGAUCACAAACCCCUCUCUCUCUAUUUUGAAACCCUAAUCAGCUUUGGAAGCUCCACGGUUCCCGAUUUUCCAAUCUCAACUUUAACUGAAGAUGCUGUAUUAAGACCUUUUAUAUUUUGACAUUGAACAUUUAUCCUCAAUCUCUGUUAAUAUCUGUGGUUGUGGAAUGGAUUCGGGAUCUGCUGAUUCGUCAACUUUACCACCUCUUAAAGCUCCUGAUGUACAACCUCCCGCUGCCAUAAAAACCCCAGCUGCUGCUGAUUCUGGACUAGAUAAUUCUCCCCCUAAUGUAUCAUCUAAGUUAUCUCCUUCUGCAAUAUCUUCAUGGGCCAAAAGUUUGAAAAUUCCUCAGCCACUGGCAACCACACAAGAUGAUUCUCCAACUGGAAAUGCUGGAAAAUCAACUUUUGCACGUUUGACUAGUGGCUUAGGUUUGCGCUUGUCUCCAAAAGCUCCUUCAUCAGAUGAUAGUUCUGAAGGAACUUCAACAGCUGUGCAGCCUGGUUUUAUUGGAACUAUUACAAAAGGGUUAGUAGACACCUCCAAGAGUGCAGUGAAGGCUGUACAGGUUAAGGCUCGACAUGUUGUUUCUCAAAAUAAACGAAGAUACCAGGAAGGAGGAUUCGAUCUUGAUAUGACAUAUAUCACAGAGAAUAUUAUUGCUAUGGGGUUUCCUGCUGGUGAUAUGAGCUCUGGCUUUUUUGGUUAUGUUGAGGGGUUCUACCGAAACCACAUGGAAGAAGUGAUUAAAUUCUUUGAAACUCAUCACAAGGGCAAGUACAAAGUGUAUAACCUUUGUUCUGAGAGGCUGUAUGAUGCAUCCCUACUUGAGGGAAAGGUGGCUUCUUUCCCAUUUGAUGACCAUAAUUGUCCCCCAAUUCAACUGAUAAUAUCAUUUUGCCAAAGUGCUUACUCAUGGUUGAAGGAGGAUAUUGAGAACAUUGUGGUUGUGCACUGCAAGGCUGGAAUGGCAAGAACAGGGUUGAUGAUUUCCAGUCUUCUUCUAUUCCUGAAGUUCUUCCCAACUGCUGAGGAGUCAAUUGACUACUACAAUCAGAAAAGAUGUUUUGAUGGAAAAGGGCUUGUUCUGCCCAGUCAGAUUAGAUAUGUCAAAUAUUUUGAACGAGUGCUAACAUACUUCAAUGGGGAAAACCCUCCUGGCCGUAGGUGCAUGCUUAGGGGAUUUCGGCUUCACAGAUGCCCUUAUUGGAUAAGGCCCUCCAUCACUGUCUCAGAUCAUAAUGGUGUUCUCUUCUCUGCAAAAAAGCAUCCAAGAACCAAGGAUCUUUCGCCAGAAGAUUUUUGGUUUAGUGCCCCCAAGAAGGGGGUAAUGGUCUUUGCUUUGCCAGGGGAGCCCGGUCUGACAGAGUUGGUUGGGGACUUCAAAGUCCAAUUUCACGACCGCCAAGGAGAUUUUUACUUUUGGUUAAACACAACAAUGUCGGAAAAUAGAAAAGUUUUAAACACCAACGAUCUUGACGGGUUUGACAAGAGGAAAUUGCCUUCCCCUGGCUUUCAGGUUGAGGUUGUGCUGGUAGAUUAUAAUGACACUGUUCCUACAACACCUAACACUGAAACUUCUGCCAAAAAAAUGGAUGAAAGCUCAGGAACUGCUCCUGCAUCAGUUGAUGAGGGUACAGCUAAACCAAGCCAAAAUAACAACUCAAAAAGUCAUGAUAAAGAUGAUGUUUUUUCAGAUAGUGAGGCCGAAGAAACUGCUGCUUCAAAGAGCCGGCAAGCAGAAAUGGCAUCUGCAGCAGGAGCAGGAGGAACUGUCCCCAUUACCACAUCCAGUUCUGAAACAAAGACAAAUUCUGAUCAAGUUGCUAGUGUAGCUCGUGCAACUGAACAUAUGUCUCUUGGAAACAGCGGCUCAACUCAGAUUCAUGCUGCUGCCAGUGAGCCUAAAAGUGAUGCUGCUGGGGGAGCUAUUUCAGGCCUUGAGGCUCCCAACACAGAAAGUGAAUUCAAGGCAAUGGCGGCUGAUGCAUCUGUUUUUACAUUUGGAGAUGAAGAGGACUAUGAAAGUGAGUAAAUCAGAGGGUGCAUUGUUGGCUUGGAAUGAGAGCUUCUGUACAUAAAUGGCUUGCUAGUUGUAAAUGCACAAAUUGCUGAUUACAGGUUCACCUUCAAUCCAUUUGUUUCCUGGCUAAUGUAUCGCCUGGUUCUGUUGUUAAAUAAGUUGGCUGGUUGUGACUAAAAUUUUAUGUUAUGGGGCUGAAAAUAGUGAAUUUAUUUUAUUAGUUCCAAUGAAGAACAAAAAAAGUUUAAGAUGUUAAUGUCCACACGGGAAAAGUAGAUGUUUAUAUGGUGUGUUUUCCCUGUUGUGCAUCUGUACAUCUGGAACUUGUAUAAAUUACGUUGAACUUGCCCAAUAAUUUUAUUAUAGACCUUACUCUAAA